GAGAAGGUGCGUCGGGUGCGCACACGUCACCCACUCCACGGCGCACUUUAGUACAACUCUUUAACCGGCCACCUCCUCUCCUAACUUUUCUAACCUACGCCUCUCCUCCGCCUCUUUAUUAUCCCUAACCCACCGCUCUCUCCCCUAUCCCUAAUUUCUUCUUCUCCGCCGCCAUGUCAACCCCCGAUGGAUCUCCCGUCGCCAUGGCCGUCGAUCCUUCCACCGCCGUCACCGUCGCGUCCACCACGACCAGGAGAGUCCCGCCUCCGUGCUGGAACGACGAGGAGACUGCUGCCCUCGUCAACGCCUACAAAGACAAGUGGUUCGCCCUCCGCCGCGGGAACCUCCGCGCGGCUGAUUGGGACGACGUCGCCGCCGCUGUCUCCUCGCUGCAUACCCUCGGAGGUCCGGCGAAAUCAGCGAUCCAAUGCCGACACAAGAUCGAGAAGCUUCGGAAACGUUACCGCGGCGAGAAGCAGAGGUCUCUGAACCGGCCAGGCAAGUUCUCUUCCUCUUGGGAUCUGUUCCCUAUAUUGGAUGCGAUGGAGUUCGCGCCGGUGACUCCAACCGCCGUGGAACCGUACGAUCCGGAUCUGGAUAACGACGAUGAGAGUAACGGUUUAGAUGGAUUUAGGGUUAGGUCGAAGAGGUCUGGGAAAUUCGAUUCGCCUCGAGAUGGGUUUGGGGUUAGAUCUAGGUCAAAGAGUCAGAUGAAGAUGUACGGCGGUUUCGAUUCAGAUCACGACUCAGGAGGUGGGUUUGGGUUGAAGAGGAGGUACAAUGGUAACCCUAAGGUUAGUGGUGACUUCGAUGCUGAUUCUGAUGAAGAGAUUGUGUUAGUGCCUAAGGCAACUAGGCUUAAGGGCUCUCAUGGGAAGCCUUCUUCAGGUGAGUUUGGUGGUGGGUUUCCGUUGAAGUCCUUUGGUGAUCGGAGUUUCGCUUCUCAUGGGUUUAAAGCCAAGAACUUUAGUAAGCCUGAAGCCAAUUUCUCUCCGGAGAUGGAUUAUGAUGAUGAGUUUGAUGAAGGGUUCAACCCGAGGAUUCAACACUCUAGGAGCUCGUCGCGAGCCAAUGGUUAUGGAAGAAAGGACGGGAGUUAUCCCCGGAGCAACAACACGGGUGUGUCUAAUGGUUAUGGGUCGUCGUCUAGGUUCAAGCACGAGCAGAUGAAUGCAGCAGAUGUUGAGUCUGACCCGAUUGAUGAAGUUGUGUCUUCGGUGAAGAUGUUGACAGAGAUGUUCGUGAGAGUGGAGAAUUCGAAGAUGGAGAUGAUGAGGGAGAUGGAGAAGACGAGGAUGGAGAUGGAGCUGAAGCAUUGCCAGAUGAUGCUUGAGUCGCAGCAGCAGAUCAUAGGCGCGUUUGCUGAAGCAUUGAGUGAGAAAAAGAGCACGAACGCAAGGAGGCCUGGUUCGUAGUUUCGAACUGUGUGUUCAUAUGGUAUUAAUAAUAUGAUCAAAUCGCUUUUGAGUGUAGUAGUACCAAGUGUCCUCUUCCAGUUACUAGGAACAGAAACUGCAGUUAAGUUUGAUGGUGUAAUGACACUUUUGAGGUUUUCAUUGUUGGCAUUUUUGAUAAUUCAGAUAGUAAGAUAAUUGAGUAA